UGCUUGCUGCGCUGUGAUUGGCCGGCGCGAGCUGUGACGUCAGUUCCGGCUCUGCGCUGCAUCAUGGCGGUGUCCAUGACGGCUCUGGCACAUUGACUUCACCCGGAGCUGUUCUGUCUUUCUCUGUGAACCCCCAGCCCGGGACGGCUCCGGAGCGGGUGACAGUACCCGCAGCCCUCGGCGGUCAGAGCUGGAUGAAGUGAAGGGUUAAAGGUCAAAGAUCAUGGCUCUCUGCAGAUUGUCCCUCAGACUACGAGCAUCGGUAACCCAGGUUAGGUCCCUCCAUACCAGUGACAGUGGGCAGCAGCAGGAGGCUGUGGCGGUGGAAUCGAACCCUGACUUUUUCUCAGUGUUCAGGACACAGGAGAGCGAUCCGGCAUGCCAGUCAGAGAAACACAUUGGGCAGUACUACACGCUGCCGCCUGCUCACACCCGUCCUCUGUUCCCGCACGGCCUCCCCUGGCGUUACCAGCAGCAGAUGAAGACGUUCAAUGAGGCCUGCUUCAUGGUGCGGCAGCCGGCCCUGGAGGUCAUCUCAUACAUGAAGAAAGCAGAUUACAGCAAACCUGCCCUGCGCUAUUUAUUCUAUGGUUUGAAGGGCACCGGGAAGACCAUGUCUCUCUGUCACACGAUGCACUUCUGCUACACGCAGGGAUUUCUGGUGCUGCACGUUCCCGACGCUCACCUGUGGGUGAAGAACUGCAAGGAGCUGCUGCCUUCAUCCUUCAAGCCCGAUCGCUUCGAUCAACCACUACAAGCCACGGCCUGGCUACGCAACUUCAAAAUCACCAACGAAAGAUUUCUUUCAAAGAUAAAGACAAAACACCGCUAUGUGUGGACGAAGAGAGAGUCCACAGAGGAGGGACGGCCACUAGGAGAGCUGGUGGACCAGGGUAUCGCCCGCGUGAAGAGCAGCAGCGAUGUGAUCGGGGCGCUGAUGAAGGAGCUGAGGCAGCAGAGCGGGCGACCCGGCGCGGACUUCCGCCUGGCCGUGGCCGUGGACGGUGUCAACGCCCUGUGGGGAAGAUCCACCAUCAAGAAGGAGGAUAAGAGCGCUGUGAAUCCAGACGAGCUGACGCUGAUUCACAACCUGAGGAAGCUCAUGAAGAACGACUGGAUUGGUGGAGCCAUCAUCGCCACGGUGUGUCAGACCGGCUCUCUCUACACCCCAAAAUCCGCCUACUUGCCUCAGGAGCUGCUGGGACAGAGAGGCUUCGACAGCAUGGAUCCCUUCAUCCCCGUGUCGGUGUCCAACUACAGCGAGAAAGAGUUCGAGAGCUGUUACCUGUACUACUUGGACCGCCGCUGGCUGCAGCAUCCGCAGAGUCACACAGAGGAAGGGAAGAAAGAACUUGUCUUUCUGAGCAACAGGAAUCCGAGCCUGAUGGACAGAGUUUGUGGCUUCUUAUGAAAUCACAUGAAGAGUCAA